AUGUUAAGAAUCUCUAAAAACAUCGCUACUUUAUCAGUCCGUGGCAAACAUCUAUAUCCGAACAUCAUUUCUACCUACCGAAUGUCCUCUACCACUUCAAACAAUUUCAGAAUUGAAACUGACUCCUUCGGUGAAAUUAAGGUCCCUGCUGAUAAAUAUUGGGGGGCCCAGACCCAACGUUCCUUUCAAAAUUUCAAGAUUGGCGGUGUCCGUGAAGUUAUGCCAGAACCUGUUAUUAAGGCUUUUGGUAUUUUAAAGAAAUCAUGUGCUAUCGUUAACAAAAAAUUGGGUACUUUGGAUCCUGAAAUCUCCGAUAAGAUUCAAAUCGCUGCUGAUGAAGUCGCCAAGGGUACCCUUUCCGACCACUUCCCAUUAGUUGUUUUCCAAACUGGGUCAGGUACUCAAUCUAAUAUGAAUGCCAACGAAGUCAUCUCUAACAGAGCUAUUGAAUUGCUUGGUGGUGAAAUGGGUUCUAAAUUGGUCCAUCCAAAUAAUCAUGUAAAUCAAUCGCAAUCUUCUAAUGACACUUUCCCAACUGUCAUGCAUAUCGCUGCAAUGACUGAAAUCAUCAACAAACUUUUACCUGAAUUAAAACAAUUACAAGAAUCUUUGACUAAGAAAGUGGAAGAAUUUAAACAUAUUGUUAAGAUUGGUAGAACACAUUUACAAGAUGCUACUCCAUUGACUUUAGGUCAAGAAUUCAGUGGAUAUGCUCAACAAGUAGAAAACGGGAUUUACCGUAUUGAAGCAACAUUGUAUCAUUUACAUUUCUUAGCCCAAGGUGGUACUGCUGUCGGUACUGGUUUAAACACAAAAGUAGGUUUCGAUAAAAUGGUUGCUGAAGAAGUAUCUCGUGAAACUGGUAUCAAAUUUGAGACUGCUCCAAACAAAUUUGAAGCUCUUGCUGCACAUGAUGCUAUUGUGGAGACUAGUGGUGCUUUGAACACUUUGGCUUGUUCUUUAUUCAAGAUUGCACAGGAUAUUAGAUAUUUGGGUUCUGGUCCACGUUGUGGCUACGGUGAAUUAUCCUUACCAGCUAAUGAACCAGGUUCUUCUAUCAUGCCGGGCAAAGUUAAUCCAACCCAAAAUGAAGCUUUGACACAAGUUUGUUUGCAAGUUAUGGGUAACAAUUCUACUAUAACUAUGGCUGGCUCUCAAGGUCAAUUUGAAUUAAAUGUUUACAAACCAUUGAUGAUCUCCAACUUAUUGAGUUCUAUCAGAUUAUUGACGGAUGCUUGUCAUUCUUUUAGAAUCCACUGUCUAGAUGGAUUGACUGCCAAUAAAGAUAAGAUUGAUGAAAAUCUACAUAACUCCUUGAUGUUAGUCACUGCAUUGAAUCCUAAGAUUGGUUACGAUGCUGCUGCUAAAGUCGCUAAAAAUGCACAUGUUAAGAAUAUCACUUUGAAGGAAUCUGCCUUGGAGUUGAAAGUAUUAACUGCUGAAGAAUUUGAUGAAUGGGUUGUUCCAGAAAAUAUGAUUAGCCCAAAACCAUAA